AUGCAGUCCAUAGUGGCCCUCCCCCACAAGCCGCACUGGGUCGCUGUUAUCGGAAACGACAAGGCUGGCAUACUAGAUAUCAAAACUAAGCGACAUGUCAGGUUUGUGCCUCGCUGGAAUGGGGCCUGCACUAGAGAUGGGAAGAUCGGUCUCUGCGCACCGACAAGAGGGGGGCUCGACUUGAUAGAGUUAAAACGAGGCACAUCUGUGCAGCCGCUCAUCUCAAGAGCUGCCGAGGGUGUCUUUUCCAUUAUCACCAUGUUCAGUUCUGAUGAUCAGUACGUGUUUUACUAUCACAGUGGAAGGAAGACUUUGAGGGUGUUUAGAACUGUUGAUGGCAAAGCAAUAGCGGAGUACCGCGCACCUGCGGAGGUGACGGCGGUGGCGAGCGCGCGCGGCGGCACGGCCGUCGCGCUCACCUCGCAGGAUGGCUGUCUCACCGUACUCAAUAUUGUGGACCCCUAUGCU